CCCCUUCUGUAGGGAGAAUUUGUCCGCUGGGCCAGCAGUUUCCAAAUAAUAAACAAACCAAUUUCAAGGCCACGGAUCGGGACCCGGAUUGCCUCGGCCAACUGCACAUUCCUGACGACGAGGGGGAGACGGAGAAUCUAAGACUGCAGCGAAAUUAGCAUACUCGUUACCUUGCCAACGUUCUCGCAACGCAACGAAAUCGCAGCACACCUGGAGGGAAAACGAUAGCCGAACGCUUUUAGCCAACACUUUACCGAAGAACGCAAGCCGUGCGCGAUCCUGCUGGACCCUGCUUAUCAGUUAGAAGGCACCGGUACAAAAAAAAAUUCUAAACCGAUAAGAUACGUGAGUGUUUUUUUUUUACCAGAAGACAACGGCACGCACCGACGAAGAUCAGUUCCGAUCGGGUGUAGGAUUACGUAAAACGUGAAACGAUCUUUGAGCAAUGGAAUCCAUCGCCGUUGCGCUACAACCCUACAAAGAUACGGUCGGAUUGACGGCGGCCAUCGUCACGGUGAUCCAGUUCUUCGGUGGAGUGUUGGCUAUCAGCGAGAUCCGGCGCCGCGGUUCGACGGCCGGUUUCUCCGUGCUGCCGUUCCUCGGCGGUACCGCCUUCUGUCUGCUGAAUGUGCAGUUUGGCCAGAUGCUCCGGGACGAUGGAAUGAUCCGGGUCAACUUUAUCGGGCUAGUGCUCCAUGUGAUCUACGUCUGCGCCUUCUAUCUGUACACCGAGGGCCCACGGAAGACGGCCGUUUGGGGCCAGAUCGGAUUGGCCGGUGCGCUUACAGUGGGUGUGUCAUCGUACGUAAAAUACGAGGAUCCGAAGCUGGUCCAGUUUCGAUUCGGAGUGAUCCUUACGGCUUUACUCUGGACGCUAGUUGGCAUGCCACUGCUAGGGCUAGGUGAAAUUCUUAAAAAGAAGAGCACCGCCGGACUGCCCUUCCCGAUGAUCGUACUCGGUUCCAUCGUGUCCUUCCUCUGGUUGCUGUAUGGCAUCAUCCUGCGAAACAACUUUCUGGUGGUUCAGAAUCUGGUCGCACUCGCUCUGUGCGCCAUCCAGCUAUCGCUGUUCAUCAUCUUCCCGGCGGUCAAACCACCACCAAGUCCAGCCAAAAAGAGCAACUAAACCGACGCUCAACGCUCGCGGAAACGAUUGACAAUAAUAUUUGCUGUGAGCUCAGAUUCACGUUUCAAAGACAUGUUUAUCUACUUCUAAUUAGCAUAAGACGAGGAGAGAGGACCAGAGAGAGGGAGAGACAAUAACGAAUGUUAGGUUGUAAGAAUUGUUAAACGAGAAGUUUGUUAUGGGCCAUUAAUCGCAGAGAAGGAAUAACUUUCAGAUCGGGAAUCGAAAUUGUAGACAAUAAGUAAUCUCACAAUAACGUUCCCGUGAGUUCUUUCGGUGGAACGAGAUGCGUACAAAUUAGUGGACAAUACCAUUGCAUUGGGACAAUAAACAUUGGAAACGGUUUUCGGUCAGAUCAUCA